GCCAAUAGCAACCAGAGAGAAGUAAUUAUGAAGACCUCUCAGUGCCAAACCAGAGUAUCUCAGAGCGGCAGCGCGAGCUACAUGAGCAGCCUCAGCACCAGCGCAAUGAACCCGCUCAGCAGCGCGAGCCUCAUCCUCCUUGUUCUCCUCAUCUCAGCGAUCCCCAUCUGCAAAAGUUCUCCAAUACAACAGCAGAGAGCAACACUAGACCAGUACCAGCUUCUCAACCAGCUAGAAGAUGUGUGCUCAUCCUACCUUUCUGCAGACCUGCCAUUUCGGAUACCCAAUGUUUUAGGAGAACUCUGUGUGUUGAUGCUUGUACAGAAGUCUAAGAAAGGAUGGGACAAUCCUAGUAAAGGGUCCCCUGUGAUGCACCCUCUCCUGCAGCUAGUUCCUCUACUCCAUACCAGACGAGAGAGAGGAGAGGAGUUUGUAUUCCGCGAUAAUCUCCAGGGACCUGGGGGUAUUCAGAGCAGAGGGUACUUCUUAUAUCGGCCAAGAAAUGGAAGAAGAUCCCUAGAAUUUGAGUAAAUAGUCCCUACUAUACGUUGUACAGAGAUGACACAGAACCAGAUAACCAAACAGGCACAACCAUCUUAGAGUGGUCCAGACCUCCACCAAAACGAUGUUGAAAGAAUGAAGAAACUAAAUGAAGAACAAAGAAAUGAGAGUCUAAGUAAAAUAAUCUUUGUUUGUCCAAAAGUCUUAUUUGUGUUUUGAUGAUGUGUCUUUUGAAUUAAAAGCAUUGUUAUAUGGUUAUCUUUGUGAUUGCAUGAUUUUGCAAAAAGACAGAUACUGCUUAUGAAACUUGCACAAAGAGGUUGUCACGAAUUACUAAGGUGGGUGGAAUCAGGCGCAGAGAGCAGGUUUCAAUUAUUAGACAGUUUAUUCUCCGGCGCACAAAACACGGUCAACCCAACACACAGGGUGAAUAUUCCAACGCAGGACCAAAAUAGUCCGGAGAAUAAAACUCAUGAACACCACCAAAUAACAGGAAUACAAAAACAAUCCCGCACAAAACAAGGGCGGGACAACCUACUAAAUAUAAGGACGCCAAUUAAACUAAAAUACACACAGGUGAAACUAAUAAGACAAAACCAACAGACAAACGAAAAAGGGAUCGGUAGUGGCUAGUAGGACGGUGACGACGACCGCCGAGCACCGCCCGAACAGGCAGGGGAGCCAACUUCGGCGGAA